AUGAGAGCUGAUGCUCCUCUGCCUGAAGAAGGUGUUGUGCAGAGGGUGAUGGCGAUUAUCCAUAAUGACCAGCAGUUUGUUCAAGGUCCUCCUCUCUGCCACCGAUACCAGGUCCUCCACAGUCUCAGCUGUAUGGCCCGUAAGAAUCGCCUCUUCCUGGUGGCCAACAUGCCGUCCCGUCAGAAUUGCAACCGAAUCUCAGACCCUCGGUGUCCUGAAGACAGUCAGUACCAGUUCAACACCAACGUGGUGUUCAGCGAUGAGGGCGUCAUCGUGGCCAGAUAUCACAAGCAGAACUUGUACUUUGAGGUGGCGUUUGAUGCUCCGCCGGAGUUUGAGUACGUUACGUUCACCACACCGUUCGCAGGCCGAUUCGGGGUGUUUACGUGCUUCGACAUCCUGUUCCGCAACCCGGCGGUGACUCUGGUAAAGGAAAUGGGCAUCCGGCAGAUCGUGUAUCCGACCGCGUGGAUGAACCAGCUCCCCCUGCUGGCCGCCGUACAGUUUCAGAGCUCGUUCUCGCACGCGACAGGCGUCACUCUGCUGGCUGCCAACGUCCGAGCUGCCGAGUACGGCAUAACCGGCAGCGGCAUCUUCACGCCGUGGGAUUCACUCAUUCAUCAUGACACAGAGGGGAAUUCUGGGAAAUUGCUAGUGCGUAGAGUGCCAGUUUUGGAUCCCUCAUUUAUUGGGGAUGACAGGCAUAAACUGGUGCCAUUUUCUGGGUAUCAAAGUUCAAAAGAACCAGAAAAGAUGCACGUUUGGCCUACAAGUAGUUUUAACGCAAAUCACGAUGGAAAAUACUGCCGAAAAGACUCCGAAUGUGCAGAAGGAACUUCAUCUACAACCUUUAACUCCAUCAUGAUGUAUGAUAAUUUCACUCUGGUGCCUUUGCAAGGCACUGAAGGAAACAUCAGCAUUUGUAGUGGUUCAGUUUGCUGCCACCUGCUGUUCCGGAGGUCAGAUGCGCAUGAGUUUUACGCUCUUGGCGUCUUCAAUGGCCUCCAUGUGGUGCACGGGACAUAUUACCUGGAGAUUUGUGCUUUGGUGAGGUGCACAGGUGAGCAUCACAGCAGCUGCGGAGGAGAAACCGAACACGCUCAGACGCUGGUGGACUUCAGGCUCGCGGGGAUCUUCGUGACUCCUCACGUGUUCCCGGGGAUUCUGGGUAGCGGGAUGACUCUGGAUGUUCCGGAUCAUUCCGGUUGGGAGGGCGGAAAUGGGUUUUACAUGAGCCGGACGGGAAUGAGCGCUGGGCUUGUAACUGCAGUGCUGUAUGGGAGACACUAUGAGAAGGACAAGGUCUAAAAAAUACAUGCUUCUUACUCUGGUUUUUAUCACCCAAAAAUGAAAGUGGAAAAUUCUGUCAUCAUUUUAAUAAAACCUGUUCCAAUCCUAUAUGAUUUUAAGGGCUUUUAAGUGUUAAGAAUAGUCACGCUCUUCUAUAUGAAAAUGCAUAUAAUGAAAGUAAAGCUCCAAAAACUAAAAUUAAACCCUCUUGUGCUAUAUUUAAAAUUAUCUUAAGUCUUACAAACCCAAAU